UUUUUUUUUUUUUUUUCUUUUUUUUUCCCCCAACCAUCCAACUCGACUCAACUGCUCGCGCCAUGUCUGCACCCUCGCAGCGCCCUGGUGCCGAGGCUGAAUACGCAGUGCCCAUCUCGUCUGCAGCAGCAGCAGCGCGCCGAGCGACCGAGGCUGCUCCUGCUGCUGCUCCUGCUCCUGCUGCUAAUGCUGGCGAUGGAUUGUACUCUGUGCCCCGACCGAGGCCGCAGCCAGGCACAAAGCCCGCGCUCGCCAGCCAAUCCGCACCAGCAUCAUCGCCUUCAUCUUCAUUCGGCUCAGCACCAGCACUAGCAGGAGGCCAGCCGCAGGUGGCUCCGAAGCCUGCGGUUGGAGGGGGCGCUCGACCAGGGCUUGCACACUCGUCCUCGGCCGACCAACCGAGCCCAGCGCGCCCGCCCCCGCCGCAACAGCAACAGCAACAGCAGCAGCAGCAACAACAACAGCAACCUGGAGCCGCUGCCUCAGGCGCACCGCCGCCGAUCGCCCCGCGUCCUGGCGCCGCUCGCAUUGAAGUGGACGAUGACCAUGUCUACAUGAACUGGGCUCGCGCGAGCGCAUCUGGCGGCUCCCGCGCGCUGUCGCCGUCGUCGUCUGCAAGCGCAUUGCCAUCGGCGCCAGGUAGCGCUGCGCCAGUGAUUCCGCCGCGGCGAGUCCCGGGCACCAGCUCGCCUGCUGCUCCAGCUGCUCCUCUUGCUCCUGCUGCUCCUGCUUCUACUGAAGUCUCGUCGCCUGCGCCGACCCCUGUGGUUCUCUCGGACGAAAGCGAAACGGAUGAUCCGCCGUGGUUCCAUCACCAGCUUGGACGCAGUGAUACGGAGCGGUUGCUCGGCGCGUGCGGCAUCCACGGCGUCUUCCUUGUGCGUGGCUCGGAAACCACAUCCAAUGCCUACGUCCUUUGUGUCGGCACGCAAGACGGCCGCGUCACGCAAUACCGCAUUCUGCGCGAUGCAAGCACCUCUCACUUUCACCUGGAACCAACCGACAAUCACACCACGCCUCACUUUGAGACACUGAAUGCACUGGUGCAGCACUACUCGAUGGACGACGGCGGAAUUGCUUGCACGUUGCGCUAUCCAUUCGAGCGCGCAUUUGUGUACGACGUUACUCCGACAUCGACGACAACAUCAAGCCCGUACUCGGUGCCGGCACCCUCGCGCAACCCAUUCCUUGCCUCCACGGCCCAGUCCUCAGCCUCCAAGGCACCUGCGCCUGCUCCGUCGGCUUCCACCACUGCCCUGCCGCGUGGCGAUGCGCAAGAGCUCUGCUCUCUGACUUCGGUCUUCAUGUCGCGGCUCGCAAAAGAGCAGACGACGUCGCUCAAGACCGAUUCCGAGUUUGCCUUCAUGCUGCGCCAGUACUUUGAGAACUUUAUCUGCCAAGACGCCAACGCCGCCAAAUCCGGCUCGACCGCGCGCCAUGUGCGUGCCCUGCUCUGCACCGCGACCGAUGCGUUUGAACAGGAGCUCGCAAAGUUCACCAAACGCGUGGAGGCUCUGCACAGGAUUCUCACGGUCGACCCGACACAACCUCCCAGCGUCGACUCCACUGCUCCCACGUCUGCGGCGUCAGGAAGCUCUUCGCAGCCGUUCAACUCGACACCCACACCCACGUCCCCCACGAGUAUCAUGGACGAUGAUCGCGGCGAAGAUUUCGAGGCAACGACGAGCUCUCUUCCAGUCUACUCUGGCAUGGACACGAGUGGCUAUGCUGACGAGUAUGGCAACUUUGGCUCGCUCAACUCGCGGUUGUCGGCAGCGCGCGAGUUGGUAUCUCGUACCGAUCGUGCGAUUGCCCUCACACUGCACGAUCGAACCUGCCAGCACACCACCCGGUUGGAUCAGGCUGCAGACAUUCAACAGCUCAAGGUUUCGCAGGGGGUGUAUGCCUUUGCCGUCACGCACAUCAAGGCAGAAGGCGCCAUUCGCAGCAAGGCUCAGCUGACCAUCGAUAUGCUCAAGGGCACGUUGCUUCUGAACAAGAAAGUGUUUGAGCAAAACAACAUUCUUCAGCUGAUCAAGUCGCGGUCCGAUAAGAAGCGUUUGGGCAUCAAAGUGCAUCUUUUGGGUCGAAAGGACUUUGCCUUCUCUGAUGCAAAGACUCGAGAGCAAUUCUGUCAGCUGAUGCAACAACUGAAAAACAUCCACUCUACUGCUGCGCCACGCCAGAAGAGCAAAGUCUCGGUCUAUGUCGGCACCUGGAACUUGGGCAACGCAAAGCCACCAGAAGACCUGUCAACCUGGUUGAACUGCAACGCCUUGCCUGAUUCAAAUUUUUUCCACGACAUUGUGGUGAUUGGCACGCAAGAAGGGUCGGUCAAGGAAAACGAGUGGAUUGCUCAUCUGAAAAAGCACUUGGGCGGCGAGGACAAGUACGAGGUCGUCGCGGUUUGCAGCCAGUGGCAGAUGCGUCUUGUUGUGCUCGUGCGUGCCAUCUACAUGCACAAAGUCAGUCACGUGCAGCAGUCGCAUGUAGCCACAGGCAUUGCAAACGCGCUCGGCAACAAGGGCGCGGUCGGAGUGUCGCUCUUCUUUGAGGGCACCUCGUUCUGCUUUGUCAACUCGCACUUGGCCUCUGGCUCCGAGAAGGUCGCACGCCGCAACGCGCAGUUCUACGAAAUUAUCAAAGGACUCAAUCUUGGUCAGAAGGAGCUGACGGGCUUUGACAUUGUCUCCCAGUUCCACCAUCUCUUCUGGUUUGGCGAUCUCAACUACCGCAUCGAUUUCGCGCCGCCACAGGUGCUUGAAAUGAUCUCCGCCCGUCAAUGGGAGAAGCUUUUGAUGCACGACCAGUUGCUUCGAGCCAAGCGCCAAGGCGCCGCCUUCCACGGAUUUGAGGAGGCUCCUAUCGCUUUCGCGCCGACGUAUCGCUAUGAGCGAGGAACGCGCGCAAACUACGACACGCAAAAGAAAACACGAACCAACACGCCGUCGUGGUGCGAUCGUGUGCUGUGGCGCUCAUUCCCCAACACCACCAUGGAAGUGGUCAGCUACGGCUGCUCCAACAACAUUGUGACGAGCGAUCACUCGCCCGUGUUUUCGUCGUUUGCGGUUGGCCUCAUCACCCAGUACCUGCCAUCGUCCAUGCACGCUGCCUCUCCCGAGAGCUUCCGCGUUGACUUUCACUCGCUCACUGUCAAGUUCAAAACACCCAUUGCGACUGGGAAGCGCGAUCGACCCCUUCGAUUCACGCUCGAGUUCCACGGUCUCUGCUUGGAGAAUCCCGUCAAGACGCGCCCGAACAGGUUGUGGGCGAGCGACCGCGACCGGCGCCACUCCACGCUGAACAACCUAGAGGUCUCGCCCAUGUGGACGCGCAGCGAUUUCCCGGAAAUUACGCCGAUUUCGUCCGAGCGGGGCUACCUUGAGACCCAGUACCUGCUCAUGACAGUCAAGCAGGUCGACACGGACGAGUCGCUGGGCGAGUGUGCCAUUUCGCUGCUCUUCCUGUUUAGCGACAACCCCGUCCCGCUCUCCUGUGACCUCCUUCAUCGCGGAGAGCUGACUGGUACCCUUACGGGCGAUGCCUCCGUCAGGUUGCACGACUUCAGUCAAAAGGGCAACUCUGACGGUGACGACGUGUCUGUGCUCAGUUCGUCGUCUUCGGUCCGCGUUGUUGGGCGACACCAGGCCAUGCCAUGGCGCAGUUCCAUCAGCCAGGCGCUCCCUCCGGCCAUCGCCAACAGCAGCAGCUCGCACUCGCCGCUCAAGCCUCCGGCGACAUCGAAUGCAAACCGCCGCAGCUGGGCUGGAACUCCCGCCGAUGCUGCUCCCGCGCAGCCCAGUGCGACUGCAGGCCCCGCCGGUGCUGCUCCAAGCGAGUACGCCGUGCCAACCAGCACGAAACGCAGUGCACCGGCGCCUGUCGCUCCAGUGUCCAUGCCCGCCUCGGCCAUCUAUGGAAAUGUGGUCCCACGGGCUGCGGCUGCCUCCUCGCCCGAUCAGCAGCCCGGUGCAGCAGCAAUUUAUGCAAACACCUCAUCGCUUGCUUCCCGUCGGACCGACGCAGCCAACACGCAGCCAUCCGAAUACGCCACUCCCGCAUCCUCGCGCUCGCAGCAGCAUGCGCGCGAGCUGUCUCAGCUGCAGGAGCUCGUUGGAGAGGGCUUCAGCACGGACGACGGUCUACGCGCGCUGAAAAUGCACAACUUCAACGUCGAGCGCGCCGCCGAGUGGUUGGUUGAGAACAGCCUCGACCACCAGCACCCGACAGCCGCUUCCCCUUCAAACGAGUACGCCGCUCCUCGGGCCCAAACCAGCGCCGUCGUGGCACCUGUCGUUCUGGAGCCCUUCCUGAAGAACGACCGACGCCAGUCCAGGAAUGUGCACGCCGAGCUCCAGCACUCCUUGACCGAGCUGCAAAUGCUUCGAAACGCCCCACCUCCUCCUGCCGCUGUUUCCGUGACUGCUGCAGCGCCCGAGGUUGUUGCCGUUUCAGAAGCCCAGCCUACCACCACCACCACCGCCACCACCACCCCCACAGAUGCAAGCGAAAGCGCCCCACAGCCGGCUGUGACGGACGCUGAGACCACUUUGUCGGUGCCUGAUCCAGCACCUGCAGAGGUUGUGGUGAAACCGGCGAGCUCUGGAGAUUUCAAUGAGACAGAACGGAUUGCGCCGACACCAGAAAAUGCUGUCGCUUCGGAAUCCACCGCCUCCUCUUCCAUCACCACCACCUCCUCCUCCUCCUCCUCUGCCGUCGCUGAAGCACCAGAGCUUUCUUCUCUCGUCGCACCUGUUGCUGCCGAGUCUGCUUUGCCGAGAGCUGUAGCCAAGCCGUCGCCUCCAGCAGCGCUCAAACCCAAGCCCGCAAAGCCCGCUCGCCCCCAGAGCGUGAUUAAGGUAGACAGCUCUGUUGCCGCUGCAGCGACUGUUCCUGCAUCCGAUCCCGAACCCAGUUCGGCAAAGCGCGAUGGCCAGGCCGAGAGCACCGCUGAAUCCUUCCAGAUUUCCUCUGCGGUACAAGCUGCAGAAUCAACUACUGCUCCGGAACCCUCCCAGCCAGCUGUUGCGAGUGUGCUUGCGGGUCAAGCUGCCGCCGCGACUCCUGCUGUGCGUUCUUCUCUUGACGAUCUGACUGCAUCGAUGGAAUGGGACGAUAGUAUCGACGCAGCCUUGUCGCAGACCUUGUCGGACGCUUCGGCGCUUGCGAGUGCGCACCAUGUCAAGGACGAGCGCAAGCUGAGCGACAUUCACGCCGAGAAGCACCGAACCAUCUCUGUCUUGCUCAAGGCGAACAAACCUCCAGCUUCGUUGCACGACUUUUUGGUCCGAGUUCAUCUUCAACACCUGGAAUCCACUUUUGUAACACAUGGCUUUGAUGACUUGUCCGUCCUCCGCCAACUCGAAGAAGAGGAUUUGGACCAAAUGGCCAUUACUGACGCGGCGACACGUGCUGCGCUGAUGCAGCAAGUGAUAACAUGGCGCGAAAGCUUUUGCUAGAGUGAGCAAAAGCUCUCUUUUUUUUUUGGCAUAUUGUUUGCUGUUCGAUUUGUUUAUUCAUUUUGUAGUAGUGUUUGUGUUUGUUUCGCGUUCUGUCGUGCUGCUCUGUUGGUUUUGUUUGGUUUGACAGUUCCGUCCUUCUGGUGCGGGCUGCUCGUGUGCAAACCGUGUUUUUUUUUGUGACGUUGUCAAUAGUUGGCCAACAUGUUUGCAAUUCUUGACC